AAUUCAACAGCAUUGUAUAGAUAUAAAAAAAAAAUACUAAUCUGAAAAUGAGCAACGACAUUGCAAGCUUUGAAAAAUGGAAGGAAAAGAAAAAGAAAAACAAAGAAAUGGGUGGCAAAAAGAAAAAGAUGUUCGUGAGAAAAAGACAAUGGGAAGUCGAAGUUGAAAAAAUUAAAGAUUUGGAAAAGUUGUAUGAAGAGUUUGAUGUUACUAAAGCAGAGACCUUUGAAGAAUUUCCUUUGUCUGACAAAACUAAAAAAGGUUUGGAAAAAGCUGGAUAUUCUAAACCAACAGCGAUUCAACAGGCUUCAUUUACACCUGCUAUCAAAGGCAGGGAUAUACUUGGUGCUGCAAAAACUGGAUCAGGGAAAACACUAGCGUUUUUAAUUCCGGUACUUGAAUGUUUAUUCAGACAACGUUGGUCAUCCAUUGCUGGACCUGGUGCUCUUAUCAUAUCACCCACCAGAGAACUUGCGUACCAGACUUUCGAAGUUCUUAAAAAGAUUGGACAAUUCCACGAUUUCUCUGCUGGACUUGUGAUCGGUGGAAAAGACGUUAAAUCAGAAUCAUCUCACAUGUCACGAACGAAUAUAUUAAUAUGUACACCUGGUAGAUUGUUGCAACAUAUGGAUGAAACUUCCUAUUUUGAUGCCUCAAAUUUACAGGUUUUAGUACUUGAUGAGGCAGAUAGAAUACUGGACCUUGGCUUCAAAGCUACACUGAAUGCUGUGAUUGAAAACCUACCUACAGAGAAACAGACUUUGUUAUUUUCUGCUACACAGACCAAAUCAGUAAAAGAUUUAGCAAGAUUGAGUCUUCGUGAUCCAGCUUAUGUCUCUGUUCAUGAGAAAUCAAGAAGCAGUACCCCUGCUGGUCUAAAUCAAAAAUAUGUUGUCUGCAAACUUGAAAAUAAACUUAAUAUGUUGUUCUCAUUUGUCAAAACUCAUCUGAAAACCAAAACGCUGGUUUUCUUAAGCUCUUGUAAACAGGUUCAAUAUGUCUUUGCUGCAUUCUGUAAAUUGCGUCCUGGAGUUCCGAUCUUGAUGCUACAUGGUAAAAUGAAUCAAAUGCGGAGGAUGGCAGCCUAUGAUGAGUUCUGUAGAAAACAAUUCGCACUUUUAUUUUGUACUGAUAUUGCAGCACGAGGAUUGGACUUUCCAUCGGUGGAUUGGGUGCUACAACUUGAUUGUCCAGAAGAUGCUGAAACUUACAUACAUCGGGCUGGUAGAACGGCUCGUUACCACGGUGAGGGACAUGCUCUAUUAGUUUUAUUGGAGUCUGAAGAAGAGGCCAUGGUACAACAAUUACAAGACAGAAAGGUUCCAAUUAGUAAAACUGAAAUAAACACUGAAAAAUUCACAAAUAUCAAUUCACGUUUGGAAUCAUUUUGUGCUGCUGAUCUUGAACUUAAACAAAGAGCACAGAGGUGUUUUGUCUCGUAUAUCCGAUCUGUGUUUUUGAUGAAGAACAAAUCAGUAUUCUCUGUUCAAUCACUACUUCUUGCUGAAUAUUCACAAUCACUCGGACUUGCAGUCACACCCCGAGUUCGAUUCCUACAGAAACAUGAAGCAAAUAAAAAUAAGAAUAAAACAAGUGUUGACGAAAAUUCCAAUAUGAUAAUAUCGAACAAUAAUCAUGAGAAAGAAGCAUUUAGUGGACUGGACACAAGUGAAAAUGAUGUUGGCGAUAUGUUCCAAGUCAAGAAAAAAGAUGUUUUCAACCUUGAAGAUGAUGAUUCGGAGAAUGGAGAGAAAGACGGCAAACCAUCCAAAGAUAAAACGAUGACCAAUGUUGGUGCCAUCAAGAAGCUUUUGAAGAAAAAAUACAAAUAUAAUCAAAAGAUUCUUUUUGAUGAAAAAGGAGAGCUGGUUGAAUCUUGGCCUCCGGUUGAUCCAAAAAUUUAUAGUGAAGAAGGUGUAGCUGAUGAUGACAAUUCUGAAGGUCUUGAUAUUGAAAAAGCCAAAAUAGAAAUGCAAGAAAGGGAUGCUGUGGACAGACAACGACAUAAAGAGAAGGUUAAGUUAAAACAUCAGGAGAAACGACAUAAAGAUAAAGAAAUGAGACGACAGUUACAGGCGAAAAAAGAAGGGAGAUCAUAUAAAAAAGAUGAAGAGGAGGUAGUUGCUCAUUUGGGAGAUUCUCAACAAUACGACAAUUCAGAGGAUGAAAACAGUGAUCUGGCCGAAACAUUUAGUGUUGAUGCUGAUAUUGAGGAACAGUUUUCUAGAAAGAGGACUUUGGAUGAUUUCAAUGACAGACAAAAUGACUCACCUAAGAAAACAAAAUUAAAAACAAACACUUUGUCGGACAUGAUGAUUGAUUCAGGGUUUUCUUUAGAAGAUGAUGAACAAUUAGCAUUACAUUUAUUGCGGAAAUAAAAUGCUGGUCAAGGAAAUCACUCAAUGCACUGUGUACUGAUCCGAUUCUUUACAUUUUGCAUGGAUUAGGAAUAACACAUAACAUUACUUAUUCAUCUUUUUGGAAAUUUGUAAUGGACUUGGGUGGUUGUUUGGAAAAACAAAUAUAGUUAGUUUUCAUUUUGGGCAGUGUUACUGACAUACUUCUUUUACAUUGCAUGAUUGCUACCAGCUAUAUUCAUGUUGCGGAUAAAUGAAGCACAAGUAAUGUCUUUUCCAUAUCAUGUGCCCGGAUGAAAUUUUUCUGUAUAAAAAUUCGAAACAAUGGUAAAUCACUUUGUUUUGAUAACACGUGCUGUGCUUCAUUUAUCCUCCAUACUUUUCGGUCUUUGCUUGAAAAUCUUGACACUGUAGUUACCACAGAACAAAACCUAACAUGCCUAUGAAGUGGACUUAACUUUGGAGUAUUGAUUCAACAUAUAUACAUGUAUACCAGCAAAGACUUCACCCGCAAAUGAAUCAAUUCCAUUUUUUAUUGUUUUCCGAUUUAAAAAAAUAGAAUAAAGUAAACACAAGUCUUC